AUGGAGCAAUCACCUGGUCAUCUUCUAAUUCAGUUCAAUGUCUCAGACCUGGAGAAAGCAACAAAAGGUUUCAAACCCUCUUACAAGAUUGGAGAGGGUGACUUUGGUGCCUUCUACAAAGGCAUCAUCAAACUAAGUGGGAAAAGAACACACGUCCUUAUCCAACAGAUUCAAGGACAUGUUCUUAAAGCCAAGAGUGAUCACUCUUGGGUGAAAGAAUUAAACACUAUUGCAGCAAUGAAGCACCAAAACCUUGUAAACUUGAUAGGAUAUUGCCUUUCAGAGGGUGUCAGAUUUGCGGGGUCACUGUCAUGGGGAAAAAGACUCGUUGUUGUACAAGAUGCUGCCCGGGCUUUGGCGUACUUGCAUGAACAUCAGAUAGUACUGAGUUUGAGUUCUUCCUCUAUUGUUGUUGAUAAUGAUUUGAAAGGGAAGCUUUUUGACCUUCCUUCUUCGAGAUUGGAUACUUCUCCAGAUCUAACCGUCGCAAGGAAAAAGCUACAGGUCGAGGAAGAAGCUUGCAAGAGUGCUGAAUCGUCAUCAGAAGGCUACCAGAAGCAGGCCGAGGAACAAGCCAAGCUUCUGCGUGAGGCGAAUGCCGAACUGAAGAAGACUCAGGAGCAAUUUGUGAAGACAGAGAAGCAAAACAGUCUAGGCGCUGGAAAAUUUGAUUGGAAUUUUAUGGAUUAUCAUACAACUCCAGAAUUUGACCCUCUUAAUAACCUCACAUCUGCGGACAACGUAUACGGUUUUGGAGUUAUUUUGCUAGAAAUAGUCACUAACAAGCCAGUGUUUGAUGACAACCGACCCAAGAAUGAGAGAAAUCUAGUGGAGUGGGUCAAAACUGCUAUCUCUGGAGACCAAUCCAAGCUGGAACAGAUUAUAGACCCCAUGUCCGCAUUGUGGGUUAAAGAAUCUGCUAUGGGAGUUUUGGCAUUGUCAAGCAAGUGCAUUGAGGAAGACCCAAAUCAUCGUCCCAGCAUGAGCAAGAUUCUUAAGGAGCUUGCCCCAAUUGUGGAAGAACAUUCCAUUCGUGUUAAAGAAUUUCUUGAAAAAGAGAGACAAGAAGAGAUUCAAGUACAAAUGGAUGCUGUGAUAUGUGAAAUUUUAUUGAGGAAUGGCUCAGAAUUUAGCACUGCAUCCUCUGCUAUUAAGUCAUUUGCAAUAUUGUCUCAAAGACAAAGUAAUCUCAGAGAAUUCACAUUCUCAGAGUUGAAGGCAGCCACCAAGAAUUUCAGAUUGGAGAGGGUGGGUUUGGUGGUGUAUAAAGGGCUGUGA